UUCAGUUGCAGCUGAGGGAAGGAAUAACCAGUUAGCAUAAGGACCAGGCAAUAUCAAUUUCUGCGUUGUUGGGAAAAAUGGCGCAGAUGGCAGAAAGAAAUGAAAAUGUUUACAACGGUGUCAUUUCCAGCAGGAACCAUCACUACAAGGUGGGGAAUGUGUUAGGGAAGGGUGUUUUUGGCGAAGUUGUUAAAUGUGUUGAAGUACAAACAGAAUAUCCAGUUGCUAUCAAGAUUCAAUGUACUAAAUGGGCCAAUCGUGAGCAUAAAAUAUUGUCAAGAAUCCACCAUUUUGACCCCCAGAGAUAUAAUUUGGUUCAGUACUACGAUUACUUUCAGCAUGGCAAAAAAUCUUGCCUUGUCUUUGAGUUGCUGGACAAGAGUCUUUAUGAUGUUAUGGCAGAGGGAACCAGCUUCUUGUUGCAUGAAAUAAGGCCUGUCAUGCAUCAGAUGCUUCUGGCCCUACAAGCCCUUGGGAGUGUUGGCAUCAUUCACAGUGACAUUAAAUUGGACAAUAUUAUGUUUGUAAACUGCAAAGAGGAACCAUUGAGGGUCAAGUUAAUUGACUUUGGAGCAGCCAGGCUUGCAUCAGAAGUACGUGCAGGCACAAAAUGUCAGGCUGAGAGAUUGAGGGCUCCAGAGGUGAUCUUGGGUCUGAAAUUCACAGAGGCCAUUGAUAUGUGGUCUCUAGGCUUGGUAAUGGUAUCCAUGCUCUGCAGGUUUCACCUGUACAGUGCAGCAUAUGAAUAUGACUUGCUAAAGCUUGUCACUGGAACUCUUGGACAACCACCAGCGGACCUUAUGAAUAUUGCUAUGUAUACCGAGACUUUCUUUUCCAGAGAUGAGGAUGCCUGGAAGUUCAAGACUCCAGAACAAUAUGGAGCAUCGGGUAAGCCCACAAGUACUGAGGCAACAUGCUUUGUGAAAAAUCUGGAUGAAAUUAAAGAUUAUUAUCAGGUAGAUAAUUCCAUGAAAGAAGAAGACCUGCAUGAAUUCAUAGACCUGCUGAAGAAAAUGCUUAAGGUGGAUCCUAGAGAGAGAAUUACACCAUCAGAAGCUCUACAGCAUAAUUACAUCACAAUGAAGCACAUGGAGAAAACUCAUGAUUACAUUCAACGCUCUUUCCAGAAUAUGCAAGUCUGUGUAAGAAAUCAGGGUGUGUAUUCAAAAUGUGAACACACUGUCAGUGACUCCAGCAUGACAGGUUUGGCCAGUGGUGGUACUGACACAAUGCCAGCAGUCUCUGACCACAGCAAGAACAACACUCUUUUAACUGGCAGUGGUUAG